AUGGUUGGUACAGACAACAUUGGGGUGGGAGUGAUAAUUAGAGACCAUCAAGGUCAGAUUAUAGGAGCACUCAUGGCCUCCAAAUGUCUGAAAGGUAGCUCAUUUGAUGCUGAAGCUCACGGCCUCUUACUGGCAACAGUUUUCUGCAAGGAGCUAGGAUUAAAGCAUGUCGUUAUAGAAGGCGAUUCCAAGCAAGUGAUAGAUUUGCUACAGAGGCAGUGUUCUAAUUGGAGUAUGGGGGGAUUGCUGAUUGAAGAUGCACGGCAACUAAUGGAUUCUUGCAGUGAGUGGACAUCUUCUCAUGCUUAUAGGGAGGCCAACAUGGCUGCUCAUCAUCUUGCCAAGUCUACUCUAAAUUUCUCAGAAGAUUUAUAUGAUAUUGAAGAAUGUUUUUUCUGCAUUCAAUCAAUUGUAAACCUGGAGAUGUUGUAA